GUCCACAACCGUACCCCCGUUUUUCAAAUAGACGCACUAGCGUACAGCCAGUCGGUUCUCUACCAGCGCUGAUACACGCGUAGUUGUGUGUACGUACUGCGUAAAGCUCGAAAUGAAGGCGUCAUUGGCCGUUGUCUUCGUUCUCGUCGGUGUACAGCACGUCUCUUAUUGCUACCCUGGCUUUGAGUACCUCGAAAAUCGCACUGUUUUGCAGCGUUUCUUAAACUUGGUGCCCGGUACCGGCGAAACCGAGCAUACCAUCGCCUCGCUGACGGGACAGCUACCUCUCGAAUGGCAGAACAUGACCUCCAGGCGUUCUAAUCUGAUCGAGAUAGCCAAGAAACUCAACUUAACCAAGUUAGUUGAAGCAAUAAUCAAAGUUGGGCUUGGAGGGCUGCUGAAUCACGAAGGUCCAUUCACUUUGUUCGGCCCAACAAAUGAAGCUUUCGAAAAUGCACCUGGCUACUGCAAAAAUGUUCCACUGAAGGAUGUCAUCAAGUUCCACAUUGUGCUUGGUGCACAUAAGAAAAAUGAAUUCAAGAACAACCUACUGCUGAGAAGCUUCCUGCCGGGACAAAUGCUGCGAAUCAACAUCUACCCGCAGACGAAUUCUGUAACGGCUUCCGGAAGAAACAUCACCGGCACUGACAAUGUGGCAUCCAAUGGAGUCGUGCACGUGCUUUCGGAGGUGAUCUGCUCGCUGUUCAAAGGAAGCGUAGCUUACGAGAUAAGUCGCUGCCCGGCUUACUCGAUCCUUAAUGCAUUGAUCAAGACAUCUGGCCUGUACAAUGCCCUGGAUGGAGACGGUCCGUUCACGGUGUUUGCACCAACGGAUAAAGCGUUUGCAAAAUUGAGUCCGGAUGUCAUCGACCACCUCAAGAAGAAUGUUACAGCUCUGAAAGAGGUUCUGCUCUACCACGUGGUCCCCGAUGUGUGGUACAGCCCUGGGCUGGUGAAUGGGCAGCUGAAGACACUGCAAGGACAGAACCUGUCUAUUUCGAUCAAUGAAGGUGGUGUUCACAUCAACGACGCUACCGUCAUCUUGGCGGAUGCCUCCGUGAGCAACGGCGUUGUCCAUUCUAUCGACACCGUGCUCAUUCCAAAGCUCAUCAGGUUCAACCGAGUCUUUCGUGUAACUAUUGUAACCAGGGCAUAAUCUUGCUUUGUUAAGUCCACGUCUUGGCUUUCCCGCACGACCAUGCCUCAGACUAACUACUUUUGCUUGGUUUGGUUAGGUUGGGUGGUCAGGCCUGUGCAGCGUAGUUCUUAUGCCACACAUGUCGACACAGCAGACCUGCAGAUUGUUGCUAUGAGCAUUCUUUUCAUUUCCCAGUGCACUGGAACUUACUGUAUGCUACAGGAAGUUCGGUAAGCAGCCCACAGUCAGGUCAGGCAGCCACCAGUAAUGAAGCUAACGCACUUUUAACAAAAAGUGUACAUAAAUUUAUGUUAGUCACGCCACAGUGGUGCUCAAAACAUACUUAGGCAUUACGGUCAGUAAAAAAUCUAGUGGAGACACGUUUGCGUGUCAAGUUUGAACCUAUACGUUACCAGUGUUACUCACUUAAACACUAAUUUGGUGUGCCUUUUCAUAUUGUUCAUGUAGUCUGGUACCAGUGAAAUGAAAUAGUAAUGCAAAAGCGCUAUGGUCAAAGAGCGCACAUCUAUGAAGGUAAUCCAGGUGCACUGGUUCAUACGUCUCAAUUGAAAGUAAAACUUUUACCAAUCUGUCUCUGCCAGGAUGUGCAGCUGUGUACACUGCAGUACAGUGUGCUUGCAUAACAUUUCAUUUCACGUAAUGUGCACCUGACACUUAUCACUAAAAGCAAACGAAGUGUGAGACGUGAAACUGUCAGACUGAUAUUGAUUAUGAGUAAUAUAAUUAAGCUAAACCCUUCGAUGCAGACCACUUUACCUUGUGGUAUUAAUAUUGGUCACACUAUUAAACAAUUAUGGGUAUUAAAAAUACUCUUGACAAUUCUCGAACAAAUGCAUUUCAAUCAAUACUCCUUAUUACUGUUUAUGUGCACUGAAAUGGUGCUUUUUUUUUUGGUAAUAUGUUGGAAGACACAAUGUAACUUCACCUUAGUAUUAUAGAAUUUUAUCGGCUGCAGACAGCCUAUGAAUAGUCAUAAAAAUAUCAAGUGCCACAUAGCUAUGCAUGUCAGUGUUACAACGCAGUUUAUUGCGUACUUGAUUGUACUUUGGACCAGCUUCUGUUGAUGUCUACUGUAGCCAGCUACACAUUCAAUGGCUUAGACUAUCGAAUUAGCAGGUUUACAUUCAGUGGAAAUCUGAUAAUCCUUCCCAUUGCACUGCCAAGACCACAUCUAUAUACCUUGAUAAGGAAUUUAUGCAGGCCCCGAGAAAAUGGUCCGCAACCCAUUUCAUUUCAGUAAACCUUAUAUACUCUCUGCCUGCUUGUGUUUUCGGAAUCACUUUAUAUUUUUUUGUCUUUUGCAAUACAUUUAAUUCAAAACAUUUUACAUUUUAUACAAAUGCUGGUUUUAGAGGAAGGCACAAUGCUUUGUUUUGUCUAGUUGCUCUCAGAGUGUAGCCACUCUUCUCUUUUACUGCUUAUUUACAGCAUACUAUACUAUUUACCACAUGCAUUUGUAUUUGCUCAACAUAGACGUGACGGCAAGGGUUUGUCGAGUCAUGGUGCUUUCGUGGUCAUUUCGCACCAGCCGGUACUGCAAUUAUUGCAACAGCGAUCAAGCUAUACCAUACGAUGAAGUAGCAUUUAGCGUAACUGUGCGUGCGCACAGUUACUCAGGCGCUUUAAAAGCUAUUCUCAGAGCCAACUGUGUUCACUUGAGCAAAAACAAAAAACAAAAAUUGCGAUAACUUUACAGACAAGCUUUCAUUGUCGCGAAAUGUAUCAAAUGGAGUCGGCUCACUUGUGUGAAUAAAGUUUUUAAACAACCAUUUUCACCCAAUUACUU